AUCGCAAGUUCCGUUAAUGCGUUAAAGAAAUUAGUGGGUUAAAAUGAAUUUGCAUUAACACCUUAUUAUCUGAAUUUUAUUAUAGGAGUUAGUCCUGGUCCUGAGGUCCAGUAUUUCUUAUUUUGGAUGUACUUCUGCACCAUCAAUUGACAGCAUCUUUAACAGGCCAGAAAACUGUUCAAUUUAAACAAUAUGAUUAUUGAAAUCAUUAGGUGUCCUAGUAUGACUGCUGUUGUAUAACAUAAUCUCCUGCAUAAUGCUGCUGUUGUUUGGCCCGCCUAUUUCCUACGCCCAUAUCUGCAGACAGUGCAGACAGGUGUGCCUUUACAUGACCUGAUCAUGCAGGUCGUCAUUCCUUCCAAGGUGCCGGUGGAGGUGGUUCAUCAUCUCAUCCAUCAUGUCUUUCAACACAUUUUCCUGCAGCAGAGUUUUCUUUAAAGUUUUGAACCACGGUGUGGUCGCCGCGCGGGGUUUCAACACCGGAUGGAGACCCAGGUACCCGGGACCGGGCGGGCGGGCGGCCCCAGUCCGGGUGUUGGACCUCCGCAGCGACGCGAUGACCAAGCCCGGGCCGGCGAUGAGGCAGGCCAUGGCGGAAAGCGAGCUCGGAGACGACCUGUUAACCAGAACAGACCCGACUGUUGACGAGUUGCAGAAAAUUGCAGCUGAUAUGUUUCAGAUGGAGGCCGCUCUGUUCGUCCCCUCUACAACCAUGGGUAACCUCAUCGCAGUAAUGGCGCACUGCAGGGAGCGGGACGACGAGAUGAUAGUGGGCGAUCUGUCACAUUUACAUAUCUUUGAGCAAGGAGGGAGCGCACAGCUGGCUGGUGUCCACGCUACCACAGCGACCACUCUCCCCAACGGAACAUUUGACUUGGAGCAGCUGGAAUCGAAGAUCCGCCACGGUUACCCCAAAUCCCACUACCCCCGCUCACGCCUCAUAUGUGUGGAGAACACACACAACAUACAGGGAGGCCGUGUGCUGCCUCUGACCUUCCUGAAGGAGGUUCGUGCUUUUGCGGAUAGGUACGGUCUAUCGGUUUUCAUGGACGGAGCCAGGGUGAUGAACGCUGCCGUGGCCCUUGGGGUGCCUCUACCCACCAUACUGCAGCACACACACACCGUCAGCGUGUCCCUCUCCAAGGGUUUGGGUGCCCCGGUGGGAACCAUGCUGGCUGGACCCCGAGACUUCAUAGCCCAGGCGGUGCGGUGCCAUAAAGCCCUCGGUGGGCACAUGCUGAAGACCGCUAUGCUGGCGGCAGCUGGGAAACUGUCUUUACUGGAGAUGGUGGGAAGACUGGAGGAGGAUCACCGCAAUGCAAGAACCUUUGCUCAAGCUCUGCUCGACUGCGACCCUCCUAUCUUCUGUAUCGACAUGGCCACCGUGGAGACAAACAUCGUGCGUUUCCAUAUGCAGCCCGGUUUAUGCCCCUCUGAGUUCUGUGCCCACAUGGCUCAGGUUGGCGAGGGAGAGGUGGCGGCGCUGGGACAGGGGGUACAAGUUCGCAUGAUCCCUUUUUUUGCAAAUUCGAUCCGAGCUGUGUGGCAUCUUGGGAUUUCCCCCGAAGACACCCAGCUGGCCAUCCAGAAAAUGCAAUUUGUGGCUUCUCAGUACUUGAAGGAAAAAGUCAAGGCCUAGUGAAACCUGAUGUGUAGUCUAAUAUCUAACGCUGAUCACAGAAAAUGAACUCAUGGCUAAUCUAGAAGGAGACUCAAGGAUGUCAACACGGGACAAAUACUGACCAAAGUUGAGUCUGAUUGCUGGCUCUAGACAUGCUCUGAGGACAGAUCAAUAACUGUCAAUAACAGGAAGG